AUGCAUGGUGCACCAAAAGGUCUGCUCUUUGCAGUUUAUUAUCCCAUUCUUGCAGCUAUCGGGGUCCCAGCUAACUUGGCAGUGAUUGUGAUCCUAUCCAGAGGAAGGUGCGGUCUCUCCAAAUGCAUCACCUACUACCUCGUAUCCAUGGCAUCGACAGACCUAUUAGUCAUUAUUACGGCUGCAAUAUUGAACCGUAUUGUUGGAAUAUAUUUCCCGUUGAGUUUCAUGUAUAUUACCCCAAUCUGUAGCGUCAAUUUUGCUCUAUUGGCUGCAAGCAGGGAUUGUUCUAUCUGGGCAACUGUCAUUUUCACUGUUGAUCGGUUUGUGGCCAUUUCUUGUCCAAAAAUGAAGACAAGAUAUUGCACAGAGAAAGUAGCAGCUGUGGUUAUAGGGGCAGUUUGUGGCAUGAGCUGUUUCAAAAAUACAUUCGAGUAUUUCGUAUAUGAACCAUUAUAUACGAUCGAUAAUAUUCCAUGGCAUUGCAAAAUUAAAUCAAUAUUUUACACUUCACCUUCAUGGGCUGCUUAUGAUUGGAUUCAUUGCAUUUCAACCCCUAGUCUCCCAUUCGUUUUGAUCUUACUGCUCAAUGCUGUGACUGUCAGACAAAUUCUAAAGGCCAUUAAAAUUCGUAAAAGACUCUGUGUUGGAAAACAGGCAGAAAAUCUGAAAGACACGGAGGUGAACAAUCGGAGAAAGUCCAUCAUUCUGCUCUUCUGUAUCUCAGGAAGUUUCAUCAUGUUAUGGCUGCUAUUUCUCGUAACACUUCUCUACGUCCAAAUUAAAAAUGUAAGUUAUUUUUCAGGUUCCAAUUACAAUGAAUCCAAUUUCAUCCUGGAAGAAAGUGGGUAUAUGCUUCAGAUCUUAAGUUCCUGUAUAAACCCAUUUAUUUACACAGGGACCCAGAGUAAAUUCAGACAGGAGUUAAAGGAUGGCAUUCAAUUUUCCAUCUAUUUCAUAUCAAAGAUUUUUUUUAAAAAAUAACAUCUAUAAACAUUUCAUGUAUUAACCCUCAUCCUUGUAUAAUC